UUAUAAGACUAUAUCUAUAUAAAAACAAAAUUUUUACCUGCAUGGUUUAGCACACCUUCCUCUCUAGAUCUAUAAAUAUUCCAUUCGUUCACUCCGUUUAUCCUCAAGUUAAAAACCUUGUCAUAAAAUGGCACAAAGCAACAAAGAUUCUAAUAAUUGUGUUCAAUCAAAACCAAAAGCCUUGAUAUUGUUAGCAGAUGGAGCAGAAGAAAUGGAGGUUGUAAUAACAGCAGAUGUGUUAAGACGUGGUGGCAUUGAUGUAACAUUGGCCUCCUUUUUUGAGAGUUCUUUUGAGAAAGGUGAAAAUGAAAAUCCUAACAACCGACCUAUAAUUUGUAGUAGGGAUGUAAGAAUCAUGCCAGAUAAAUCAUUGCAAGAAGCCAUGAUGCAGCAUAAUGAGUCUAAUGAACCAGGUCAAUCAAAAGCUGCUUCCUAUGACAUUAUUGUGAUUCCAGGAGGUAUGCAAGGUGCUAAGACAUUGGCGGGUAGUAUGAAAAUUGGUCAAAUUCUUAAACGUCAAGAAGCUGAAGCUUUAGGCUUACUAAAUAAUCCAAACAUAAUAGAUAAAGAUCCUACAAUAGAUCAUGUACAUCAACAAAAAGAAAAUGAUAAAGGAGAAAUUGGACGUAAUAAAUAUCUGGCAGCUAUUUGUGCUGGUCCUUUGGCAUUUUUGGCUCAUGGGAUAGGUAGGGGUAGAAGAAUAACCUCACACCCUUCUGUUAAAGACCGAUUUACUUCUGCUUCAGAUCUCUACACAUAUAUUGACAAUGAGGAUGUAGUUGUUGAUGGGCCUUUUAUAACUUCCAGAGGUCCUGGUACCACUUUUAGCUUUGCCUUAACUAUUGUAAAAGAAUUACAAAGUAAAAAAGUAGCGGAUUCUAUUAUUGAACCAAUGAUGCUAAAACAAAAGUCUUAAUAAUUUUUAUUAUAGUUUUUUUUAAAAUUAAAAUGUCUAAUCAAUUAUAUUUUUAUAUGAACAAAAUUGAUUCGUGUAUCUUGUAUUUAAUUUUCAUUUUUAGUGCAUCAGCAGAAGAAUUACUGUAAAUUAUAAACAAUUCGUUUUUUUAAAUAAUUUAUAUGGUUAUAAUUU